CUACCUAUGACGUGUUGGGGAAUGGUCAGCUGCGCAGUCAACGAUUCGAGUGUACUCAGACAACCUAUUACAGGUGCUUGACCUGCAAAUACCCUUUGAUACAGGCCAACGAGCCAACCGGACCGACAUCUGGGCCACCUACAAACAGCCUCUCAUUGUGCUUGCACAGUGUCGGAAAGAAUCAGCGCCUCCGCUCGCUAUGGAGUCCAGAUCUCUCCAGUCGAAGCCGUCAGAGGAGACUCUCAUGUCGCUUCUCCAAUUAGACCCGUCGCCCAUUGAGACACCACCGGUCGAUACCGAGAAAGAUCUUCCACCUUUGCCGGAAGAUGCGCUUGAGAAUGGCACUAGCUCACUCAGGUCUACGUCUUCGGCCCCCGGCUUGAGUGGGAGCGGGCAUAGUACCAUCUUCUACCUUACGCGUAUACAAAAGUUUUCGUCUUACCUGAUACCUUUAUUUACGACGCUUCAUGUCACCAAUACUUCGAUAAUACCCCUUAUUGCCCGCUCCGUUCCGGCUUCCGAGACCUAUCUGUUGCUGUCUCGAGAGAUAUACCAAACGUCGCUCACAGAACCACUUCUCGUGAUAUUACCUAUAGUCGCACACGUUGCCUCCGGUAUCGCGCUUCGUCUCGUCCGUCGAUCACAAAACCUCAAGCGUUAUGGUGGUAACACACCAGGCAUGUACGCCUUAUAUCGCGCUCGGACCGGCAAAACCUCCCGAUCCUUGACAUCCAACAGCAUCAACUCGGCUGGUCGCAUAUGGCCACCUAUCAGUUACAUCUCCAUGUCUGGCUACGUCUUCACGACACUCCUCGCUGCCCACGUGGGCAUCAACCGCAUCCUUCCACUCUAUGUUGAGGGCGACAGUUCCAAUAUCGGCCUGGCUUUCGUUUCGCACGGGUUUGCUCGGCACCCAAUUCUAUCUUGGCUCGCUUAUACCGGCCUGCUGACGGUGGGCUGCGGCCACAUGGUCUGGGGCGCUGCUAGGUGGUUGGGACUGGCACCGUCAGCCAUGGGAUGGAGCGGUAGCGGCUCCAGUGUGGUCGAUAAGAAGGUCCGGAGGCGCAAGAGGAGAUCAUGGUGGGCACUGCACGGUGUUGCUGCGGUAGCAGCUGGUAUUUGGGCAGGCGGUGGUCUAGGCAUCGUAGCAAGAGGAGGCCUGACAGAUGGUUGGGUUGGCAAACUUUACGAUGAUCUCUUCGCUAAGAUCUACCUUUUGUGAAAAGAAUCGACUGGCUAGGUACCGAGCCCAUCGCAUAAUACCCAGGAGGCAGACCGCGUCACAGAUAUCACAUUCACACUCGUCAUCAAUACUAACAAAAUGUAUACGCCAUGACUGAUUUCGUGAAGGCGACAAGCGAAUGAUUAAUCACUUGCCACAGAUUUCACUCAAGGAAUAAAUAAAUACGAAGUACAUUUGAGGAAGCAGCAAGACCAAAAGGAAAGAUAUAAUAACAUUUUCAAGGAAA